AUGUCGGUCUCUCCGUACCGUCCGGAGUCUACUUCUGCUCGUCGUCCGCCUCCGCCUCCAAUACGCAUCCAUGGCAAGCGUUCGUCGGUGCUAGGCUCCCCUUCCGCAGAAGAGCUGCUCUACGAUCUCCCGAGUGCUCCCCUUCGUUCUCCUCCCCCGCAAUCACCUGAAGUAACCUCGCCGACUUCCCCAAUUGGGCGUUCCAGAAUCCGCUCUCCACCUCCUAGAGCCAGUCCUCGUCCCAGCCGCACGCGCUCGGCAACACCGUCUCGAGGGGACAAAGAUAUUGAGGGAUUCGCAGAGGCCUGCGAGCGAUGGUUCUUCAAACAGGACGAAGAAGCCGGCCAGGCCAUGACCAACACACUUGCGACCCUACCCGCCCAUCAGCGUGCGCCGUAUGUCAAGCUGCAGUCGGCGAUCCGCUCCGCGUACCACACUUCCGUCCGCUUACGCCGGGAUGCCGAGUUUCGAGCACACCUCUCCACGACUCAUACGGGCGCCUCGCUAUCUGCACGCGCACGAGGAGAUCCGCGAGGUCCUGAUGCGCGCAAAGAACGAUACGAACGAUUCCAAAGCUUCCUCAAAAGCUGGUGUACGCGAGGCAUGCCGGGCACACAGCCAUUCUUCGAGGGUCUGUGGACGCUCAUGCGACUACAGGUCGUUCCACGCGAUCUAGGGGGCGCCGGAGGAAAGAGAAUCGUGUGGGAGAUUGAUGAUGCAGUGUUCAAAGAAUCUGCUGGCAAGGACUUCAUGCUCGAGGCAAUUGACGCCAUCAAGGGUGUUCUAGGCUUUGAGGAACUCCCCGGAUUAAGCCGUUCUUCUACAAAUGGUUCCUCACCGAAUGCCUCGCCCAGCAUGCCUUCCUCUCCAGCUCAUAUAGCGAUGCACACCCGCGCUGUCUCCCAACCUCAUGCCAUGAAUAAGCCCCCUGUACCAGAGCGCUACUCGAAACGACCCCGUGCACCUAGUGAUCCAUUUCUCGACGCGCCUACACCGGCGCUCUCACGAUCUCCGGCCUCUUCUACCUCUGUCAGCUCCGGUAUACAGGCUGACGACCCGCCUACUCCUCGGGACGACGACACGUUUGAUGAUCGUACGCCUACCAGAGUUACAGUUACGACUCAGAGGUUAUCCGGCGUCCCGCUGUCUGCGACGCCGCUAUCUGCGCGCGCAUGGGCAGCGCCACAACCCGAAUGCGAAGAAACGUUACGGCUGUGGCUUGCACCGGACCUCUCCGACCCGGAGUUGCUAUCACUACUCGAACUAUUCCCGUCGUUCAUCUCGCGCCGGACACUUGCUCGUUUCCCGUCGGGAGCUGAGAACGCGGGUGACGCUGAACAGGGUGAACCCGAGGAGGCAUUACGCGCUGGUACAGGUCGAAUGUGGGUUGGCGCGAAGGAGCGAAGCGACGGAUGGCGAGGCGGAUGGUGGACUCGCUUCAAAGCGUGGUGGCGCCGCAUCUUUUGCUGA